CCUCAGGCAGCUUCAUCCUUCCACCAAACACUUUUUUAUUACUCUCCCCUCUGACAUCUCCAGUCUACAACUUCUAGGAACAGCACAUCAUGUACGCUUUGCUCAGUGUCUAUGAUAAAACCGGUCUUCUUGACCUCGCCAAGGCUUUGGACAAGCAAGGCAUCAAACUUUUGGGUAGCGGUGGUACUGCCAGAAUGAUUCGCGAAGCAGGUAUUCCCAUCGCUGACGUUUCUUCCAUUACUGGCGCUCCUGAAAUUCUUGGCGGUCGUGUCAAGACUCUUCACCCUGCUGUUCAUGGCGGUAUUUUGGCUCGUGAUAUCCCCUCUGACGAGAAGGACCUUCUUGCUCAACAGAUCGAGAAGAUCGACAUUGUCGUCUGUAACCUUUACCCUUUCCGCGAGACCGUCGCCAAGCCCGCCGUCACCAUUGCUGAGGCUGUUGAGGAGAUUGAUAUUGGCGGUGUCACUUUGCUCCGUGCUGCCGCCAAGAACCAUGCUCGUGUCACCAUCCUGUGUGACCCUGCCGAUUAUCCUUCCUUCUUGAACAAGUUGUCUUCCAAGACCCUUACCCAAGAGGACCGCAAUGCUUACGCCUUGAAGGCUUUCCAAUCCACUGCUUCUUAUGAUGAAGCUAUUUCGGACUACUUCCGUAAGCAAUAUGCUGCCGGUGAGAACCAAUUGACCCUGCGUUAUGGUGCCAACCCUCACCAAGCUCCUGCUCAAGCCUUCAUGACUGACGGUCCUCUCCCCUUCAAGGUGCUGUGUGGUGCCCCCGGUUACAUUAACCUUUUGGAUGCCCUCAACUCCUGGCCUUUGGUGAAGGAGCUUCGUGAGAACCUUGGUCUCCCUGCUGCUGCUUCCUUCAAGCAUGUUUCUCCUGCUGGUGUUGCUGUUGGUCUCCCCUUGUCGGACAUUGAGAAGCAAGUUUACUUCGUUGCUGACAUUGAGAACAUGACUCCCUUGGCCGCCGCUUAUGCUCGUGCCCGUGGCGCUGACCGCAUGUCUUCCUUUGGUGAUUUCAUCGCUUUGUCUGACAAGGUUGAUGCCAUUACUGCUCGCAUCAUUUCCCGUGAGGUUUCUGACGGUAUCAUUGCCCCCGGCUAUGACGAAGACGCUCUUGCUAUCUUGAAGAAGAAGAAGGGUGGUCGUUACUGCAUCUUGCAAAUGAACGAGGACUACGUUCCUCCUCUUUUGGAGACCCGCCAAGUUUACGGUGUUUCCCUCCAACACCGUCGUGACGACGCCAAGAUCGACAAGUCCAUCUUCCAAAAGGUUGUCAGCAAGAACAAGGACUUGACUGAUGCUGCUUUGAUUGACUUCGUCGUUGCCACGACUGCCUUGAAGUAUACCCAAAGUAACUCUGUUUGCUAUGCCAAGAACGGUAUGGUUAUUGGUCUUGGUGCUGGUCAACAAUCCCGUAUCCACUGCAACCGUUUGGCUGGUGACAAGGCUGACAACUGGUGGUUGCGUCACCACCCUAAGGUUCUUGCCUUUGACUUCAAGCCCACUGCCAAGCGCCCUGAGAAGUCGAACGCUAUCGACUUGUACGUUUUGGGUGCCGUUCCCGAGUCUGGUCGCGAACGCGAGCAAUGGGAGUCUGUUUUCAACACGGUCCCCGAGUUCCUUACUGCUGAAGAGCGUAAGGAGUUCCAUGCACAGUUGAAGGACGUUAUCUGUGCUAGCGACGCCUUCUUCCCCUUCCCCGACAACGUCUACAGAUGUGCCCAAAGUGGUGUCAAGUUCGUUGCCGCUCCUGGCGGUAGUGUGAUGGACAAGGCUGUUCGUGAGACUGCUGAUGAGUUCAACAUGGUGUUUGCUGAGCUUCCCAUUCGUCUCUUCCAUCACUAAGCUGACAAGAGGUGCAACAAGUUGUGGAAGCGUAGCACGACCGAGUGAAAGUUCGGGUCUAGAGUGCAAGCUAUUCCUAAACUAUUUUAAUUCCCCCCUCUUAUUACAUAGCGAAAAUGUUUUUUUUCUUACGGUUACAAUAGAUUUUUUUUGGCGAACACAUGGGAAAGAGGAGCGAGUUAGCGCGAAAUGCAUCGGCGG